UUCUUCGCUCUGACUGGGAGCUGGCGGUCGCGGGAGAAAGCGGAGCAGAGUCGCGAGUUCCUGUCAGCGGCGGGAUGGAGGCGGCUGCGGAGCCUGGAAACCUGGCUGGCGUCCAGCACAUCAUCCUUGUCCUCUCGGGAAAGGGGGGUGUUGGGAAAAGCACCAUCUCCACGCAGCUGGCCCUGGCACUUCGCCAUGCAGGCAAGAAGGUGGGCAUCCUGGAUGUGGACCUGUGCGGCCCCAGCAUCCCCCGCAUGCUCCAGUCACAGGGCAGGGCCGUGCACCAGUGUGACAGCGGCUGGGUGCCCGUCUUCGUGGACCAGGAGCAGAGCGUCUCCCUCAUGUCUGUAGGCUUCCUACUGGAGAAGCCGGAUGAGGCUGUGGUGUGGAGAGGCCCCAAAAAGAACGCACUGAUAAAGCAGUUUGUGAGUGACGUGGCUUGGGGGGAGCUGGACUACCUGGUCGUGGACACGCCUCCAGGGACCUCCGACGAGCACAUGGCCACCGUGGAAGCCCUGCGCCCAUACCGGCCCCUGGGGGCCCUUGUGGUCACCACACCCCAGGCGGUGUCUGUGGGGGAUGUGAGGCGGGAGCUGACCUUCUGCAGGAAGACAGGGUUGCGGGUGAUGGGGGUCGUGGAGAACAUGAGCGGCUUCACCUGCCCACACUGCAUGGAGUGCACCAGCAUCUUCUCCAGUGGCGGUGGGGAGGAGCUGGCCAGGCACGCCGGGGUGCCCUUCUUAGGCUCUGUCCCCCUGGACCCUGAGCUCACGAGGAGCCUGGAGGAAGGGCGUGACUUCAUCCAGGAAUUCCCCAAGAGCCCCGCGUUUCCUGCGCUCACCUCCAUAGCCCAGAAGAUUCUGGAUGCAACGCCGGCUUGCCUCUCCUGACUGAGGCAGCCUCCCAGCCUUGUCCUGGUGCCAUUAAGGGCUCUGCUCAUGGGGUCUAAGAGGCACUUUCAGGGCAGAGGUCCCUGGGGCCUUCAGAAAUGUCUCUAGUGUGUCAGCGCCAGCUGGGUGACCCAUGGCUGAGAGGACAGCAGGGGUCCUAGAGACAUGUUGCUGUGAGACAGGGAUGAUCUGGGACUCUGGCCCGUGGGCUCCUUCCCAGCUCCCAUCACAGCCACGUGUCCACACUACUCACAAGGCUGUUGGCACUUCCACCGUUCUCAGCUGGCCCUGGGCUCCAAGCAUCCCAGACAAGUGAUCUUUUAACAGGGAGCAUCCCAUGAGGGAGUAAACUGAUCUCAGGCUUGUGGUACGACUUUAGAGGUGCCUAUCAUUAAACGUGUCCCACUGUGGUGGUUACAAGGCU